AUGGGACCAGCUCGACAAAAACCACUACCACCGCCAGAGAUCGUGUUCCUCAUAAUUCAAGAUACAACUUCGAAUGACUUGCACUCGCUGGCCAUGACCUGUCGGCAUUUCCAUCAGAUAUGCCUACCCAUAUAUCUUCUACACCACGACAUAGACAUAUCCAGCGAUUCACUUUGGCUGCAACCGUCAUCCUUUGGUGCCCCCCUUCACUCCAUGAGUCUUUCGUGGUUAUUUCUUGGAGCCAAGUUCAAGAUGGUGACCUGCUACUUUCCAGAGUGGAAUGUACUCCAUCCCUCUCCUUUGGAAGACAUGCGUAUUUUCAAGCAGUUUCUCCUGAAGCUGCGAAGCGUCUCCAGGCUUUUGUUGUGUUUUCGCCUCAUUUCUACAUCGGAACUCAGUUCCUCCAGCAUGAUUGAUUAUUUCAAGUGGCAAACUGCCCUCAGUGAUUUGCUUGACGUUGCUGGGACACGAUCGCCAUCUCUCUAUAUACGGUGGGACGGCCAACGCAAUGGGCAUACUGGAUAUAAUUUUGUAGCCUCCAAUCUGUUACUUCGCCUCUAUCUGCGAUCAUCAAGGAGGCUCAUCACAGUCGAUUCAUUAGAUGUGUCGGCCCCACCACCCUUUUCCCAGUUCUCAUUAUCCAACCUAUUCACAGCGCCUUCCAUUACCUCACUGGUCCUCAGUAACUACAGCGCGUGGACGAGUGGCGCUUUGCAGGGCAUCCAUCUACCCAAUUUACGGCAUUUUGAUGUUCAAGGGUACAAAUCCCAUCCAAUUCUACCGCUACACGCCUUUCUUCUGCGGCAUCCUCCAUUACUCUCACUUACGAUCGAUCUCUGCCUCCGCCCGUCACUCAAGGAUGAAGCUCCCUUUACAGAGGACAUGCUUCCAUGCCUUACCACGCUGUCCGGCGACGCUGCCUCCGUACUAUGGAUGCUCGACAGUGAUCAAGCCCUCCCAGAUCUCACCUCGAUAACAUUAUCGUCGCCCUUCAUCGAGGAUAGAUAUGAUCGAGAUAUCCGCUAUCACCAGGCUGUCUGGGUUAAAUUAGCCUCGCGCAAAAGACCAACGUUGUCAUCCCUCACCAUUCGCGAUGCGCAAAUAAUCACGCGACUUCUGGGAGUGGAGAAGUCGGGAUGGGUUUUGGACGCACCGCUUCCUUCAAUCGAGUCAUUGACUCUUGAGAGUGGUCGCCUGGACUGGCCAACACACUCCGACGGGGAUUCUUCCCCUCCUGACGCCCUCCGAGCGGCGGCUAUGCGUUCUCUCCCAGGGUGGUUGGCGAAGUUGUUCCCCAACCUGAAGAAUCUGAAUAUAGAGCACCUAAAGCUUCCGACCACCGGGGCUUUGAGAGACGUACUCCUCGUGAAUAUGAGGAAUAUGUGCCCCGGGGUGACUUUAUUUGACACCGCCAGGCAACAGCGACUUUAA